CUGUACGCUGUUGAUCCCCUGGUAUUCUGUACGCUGUUCUUCUGUCAGAGAAACACCAAACCAUGGGAGAGCAAGAACAGCAGGCAAGCGAGCAGCCGACGGUUGGUGGCUUAACCCAAGCUCAGUUCCUUUCCUGGAAACGUCGUAAGCAGGACAUAGAUGCCUCAACUAAGAAAGAGGCAGCAGUGAGGAAGCGGGCAGAAGAUAUAGCAGCAGGAAGAGUCCAAAUGAACGGGCGGGAACUGUUCGUGCACGAACCGUGGGUGUUUGAUAACACUCAAUACUAGGACAUUGCAGCUUUGGAACUUAUGAAGCUGGAACAAGGCUUGCUGUGAUAGACCGCAUUCAGAUGUAUGCAUCCGUGCAAAGCAAUUGUGUUCAGUAAAACCUAUCACUUGUGUAAUUAUUGUCAGUUGCAAUGUUUGCACCAGGAGCAUCAAUGUUAGUGAACUGUGUGGCUCCAUGAGAGUUGAUUGAUAGCGAAUUACUCAUUAUUUGAUUUGAAUUUUUUUUAUAUUUUAUUUGGAAAGAAGUACUUGAUAU